CCCAGGCACACCCAUAAAAUCGCACUCGCACUCUGUGCGUUAUUUCUGAACUCGACCCUGAACUGAGUUAUCGAACACACUCCUUUCAAAAACUGUCAAAUCUCAACCACUUCCCGCGCUUUUUUUUCUUGUUGUUAUCCCAUUUCUUGCUAGGAAUAAAACUUUUUGGCUUUAAUUUAAAUUUUUGAAACCACGACUCAUUUCAAUUAAUAAAAUGCCGUCUCCAGCACCCAGAUCGGUGCCGCCAAGUCCGGCCACUAGUAAUGGUUCUCCGAGAAGAGCAGGGGGCCGCACGCCGAAACGCCCCUUCCAAAGUCCCCUUCUCGAUGAAAUCCCGGAAACCCCGACGAAAACCCCAAGGGCUCCGGAUCAAGAAAUCGCCCCAUCGCCCGCUAUGACUAUGGUACCCAUGAGCCCUGCAACAGGUCUAGCAAUGAGUGAAAUCGAUUUGAGUUCGCCUUUAAAUUAUGGUACGCCAAGUUCCAUGGGUUCAAUUAGAACCCCUAGAUCUUCUGGUAUAAGGGGCACCCCUAUUCGAAUGAGGCCAGAUGUAAGGUCUGACAAGAGGAUUCGACAAGUUAAUGUUGGCAGAGAAACACCAUUAGAAACAAUUCUUGAAGACAAUGCUGCUGAAACCACCGAUUCUAGCGCUCCUCAUUUGGUUAUUUGGGGCACUGACGUGUCUGUGGCUAAUUGCAAAGAAAAAUUCAAACAAUUUAUUUUGAGAUUUAUUGAUGUUAAUGCUGAAGAAGAUGAGAGGACUGAUGAUAUGAACUUAAAUGAGCCUUUAUAUCUUCAAAAAAUUGAAGAGAUUCAUACUCUUGAAGAGCCUUUUCUGAAUGUAAACUGCUCUCACAUUGAAAGAUUUGAUGAGGACUUGUACAGGCAGUUGGUUUGUUAUCCCCAGGAAGUCAUUCCAACUUUUGAUAUGACAGUCAACGAAAUGUUUUACGAGCGUUAUCCUGCUGCUGUAUUGGAACAUCAGAUUCAAGUCAGACCGUUUAAUGCGGACAAAACCAGAAAUAUGAGAGCACUAAAUCCAGAAGAUAUCGACCAGCUAAUCACAAUAUCCGGUAUGGUAAUCAGAACGUCAAACAUAAUGCCGGAAAUGCGCGAAGCCUUCUUCAAAUGUAUCGUCUGUCAAUUCGCAACUUCGGCCGAAAUCGAUCGCGGUCGCAUAACCGAACCGACUCUGUGUUCUAGCUGUAAUACCAACCAUUGCUUUACUUUGGUCCACAACCGCUCUCAAUUCACCGACAAACAAAUGGUCAAGUUACAAGAAUCCCCUGACGAUAUGCCGGCAGGGCAAACGCCUCACACUGUAGUGCUUUUUGCCCAUAAUGAUUUGGUUGAUGCAGUACAGCCUGGCGAUCGUGUAACCAUUACAGGCAUUUACAGAGCUCAGUCUUUACAACUGAAUCCGAUGCAGAGGAAUUUGAAGGCAGUUUACAAAACACAUAUUGAUGUUUUGCAUUUUAGAAAAGUAGAUUCUAAAAGGUUGUACGAAGAAGAAGAUGGCAAGGAUCAUCGUUUUCCGCCCGAGAGAAUUGAGCUUUUGAAUAUUUUAUCUCAAAAGCCUGAUAUCUAUGAUCGAUUAGCUAGAGCAAUUGCACCUUCAAUCUAUGAAAAUGAGGAUGUUAAAAAGGGUAUUUUGUUGCAACUUUUUGGUGGUACUAAAAAAACCCACACUACUGCUGGUAGGACAAAUUUCAGAUACGACAUUAAUAUCUUGCUUUGUGGGGAUCCUGGUACUUCAAAGUCGCAACUACUUCAGUAUGUUUAUAAUUUGCUGCCGCGUAGUCAAUAUACUUCGGGAAAAGGUUCGUCUGCUGUUGGUUUGACUGCUUAUGUUACUAAAGAUCCUGAAACGCGCCAGUUGGUACUGCAGACUGGUGCUUUAGUACUGGCUGAUAAUGGUAUAUGUUGUAUUGAUGAGUUUGAUAAAAUGAAUGAUUCAACUAGAAGCGUUUUACAUGAAGUCAUGGAACAGCAAACUUUAAGCAUUGCAAAAGCGGGCAUUAUUUGUCAGCUAAACGCUAAAACUUCAAUUUUAGCAGCCGCCAAUCCGUGUGAAUCUCAAUGGAACAAAAACAAAACCAUUAUUGAAAACGUCCAAUUACCGCACACCUUGCUUUCCAGAUUCGAUUUGAUAUUUUUAAUGCUGGAUCCGCAAAAUGAACUUUUCGAUCGCAGAUUGGCCAGCCAUCUUGUUUCUUUGUAUUACAAGAGCAGAACGGAAGAAGAUGAUGAAGUUUUAAAUAUGUCGAUAAUAAGGGAUUAUAUUUCUUAUGCAAAAGAGCACAUUAAUCCAACAUUAAGCGAAGAGGCUUCACAAAGAUUAAUUCAAGCUUAUGUGGACAUGCGCAAGGUUGGUUCUGGUAGAGGACAAAUUUCUGCUUAUCCCAGGCAAUUGGAAUCUUUGAUUCGUUUAUCUGAAGCUCAUGCUAAAGUCCGGUUUAGUAAAACUGUGGAAAUUGAUGAUGUUGAAGAAGCAUGGAGAUUACAUAGAGAAGCCCUAAAACAAUCAGCAACUGAUCCUUUGUCUGGCAAAAUAGAUGUAGGAAUUCUCACUACAGGUUUGAGCAGUUCUGCACGUAAAAAGCGGGCAGAAUUGGCUAAAGUUUUGAAAAAACUUAUCGACGAUAAAGGAAAAGUACCUUCAAUCAACUACCAAAAGCUUUUGGAGGAGCUUAAAGCCUCAUCUCAAGUGAUGAUUACAAGGGAACAGUAUGAGGAUGCCCUAAAAGACCUUCAGGAUGACGGGCAUAUUGUGGUUAAGGGAAAAACUUCCAUACAUGUUUGCACCAAUAGGGAUUAAGAUUUUUAUGUUAGUUUUUAAAGCACAUUAAUAUGUAUUUAAGUUUAAUUUGAAAUUAAUUCAUAAGUAUUAUAUUUUUUAUUUUAUAAUAAUUACAAGUUUUAACAUUAAUUUGAGCCAGUCAAUUUUAUUUCUUAGCUGUUGUUUAGAUUGAAUUUCAUUUAUUUCUGGUAUUACAUAAUUAUUUACUGAUAAACAUUUUCUUCAUCAUAUCGUUAACCUUGACAUUAGCUUUUUUCAAAUUCAAAUUGACAAUGGCCAAAUGCUCAGCGCAAGCCUUAUUGUGAGGUUCAAGCUCCAUGGCUUUACUCAAGGCUUCGAAAGCCUUUUCGAAAUUUUUAUCAUUUUCAUAAGCAACCCCUAGCUUGUACAAGGCCUUAACAUUAUUACAAUCACUCGCUAAUACUUUCAGGCAAAGUGGAAUGACUAGACUGUAAACUUUUUCUCUGAAAUAACACGAAGAAAGAUUAUUAUAUAAUUUUGCUUUGAGCAAUUUGAUUUCUUCAGUGCUAACAUUGUCGAUAAAUUCAGGAGUAACUUGGACAUUUAUAGGUAUUGAACAUAAUAGUUUCAAAGCCUUAUUAAAUCUAUGACCAGCUUCGAGUUGAUUUUUUUCAGCAAAAAACAUUGCACCCUUUUCUUUGUGCAUUAAGGCCAUUUCAAAUUUUUGCUUAGCACUCCACUGAAAAAUGAAACCCCUAAAUUCAAGCUCAACUAAUUCAAUAACUGCAAAAACUUCCUCCAAACCUACUGUAAUCCUAAAUUCAGCUUUUUCCUUUAAAUUCAUCGUACAAACGCAAAUAUCUAACAACCUACCCAACUCCCCAUCAUUAUCACCCAAAGUUACAUACACAUUAUUAAAUAAUAAUAACUCAUUUGGACAAUCUAAAAUAUUUAACUUAACAAUACUAUACUCGAAAGGUUUCAAACCCCAUUCGCCCAAUGAAAUAAGCCUUUUGAAAACUUUAUCAUCAGGCGAAAUCCACUCUUCUUGCAUCUCUAACAUUCCGACUCUGUGGCGUCCCACUUUAACAACCCCAAAGUCACCUCGUAGUAUUCUUUGGCAAUUUUAUCACUGGAGGCUAUUGGACUGGCCAAGCUCAACUUACAAUCGCUGUAAUAUUGACCAGUGGACCGAUUGGAAGUUAACAGAGCGUGCAGCAAAGUUUGGCAACCUUGUUUAGGAGAUUUAACAACAAUUAAUCUCAAAGGUUUUUGCAAGGCAAACAGCCACGGGCUGGAUAAUGCAGGAAAGUGCCUAUAAAUUGGCGUUUCGACGUUGCCAGGAUUUACUGCGUUUAUAAUGACGUUUGUAU